CCAUGUAUUAACCAAGCUAUCAACGAGCAAGCGAAAGAGAAGAGACUACAAUCGAGCAGCUUCCUACGCUUCCUACCGCUAAAAAUUAUAAUUUUUGCCAGAAUAUCGAAGAAUAUCACUUUCUCUGGACAUUCGUCGUUACUUUAGUUUAAAAUGAGUUUCCCUGGAACGCGAUUUUUAUCAAGAAUUCUGUUAUUCAGUCACAGGAACACAGCAGGCAACAAACCAUUGAGGAUCUGCCAGGUCAAGUACUGUGUCACAAAUGAAGCAGCUGUGGCGAAAAAAAAGUGGGACUUGGUCAGCAGCGUUUGCGUCGAAAGACCGCCAGUUAUCUCCGCAGACCUCACGGAACUGGAAGAAAGAAUGCAGAGCAUGCUCUGCAAAAUUGAGUUGCAACAAAGCAUAAAAUCCAAUCACGAGCUGCGAAAGGAAAAGGACAAAGUCACGUUGGAAGCCUUGAAAUCGGGCAAUGCCUCGGAAGCAGAUCUCGAGCAGGCCACCAAAGCCACUGCCCAAGAUUUUGAGGAUUCCAGUCUGGACGAAUUGGCCAAUUUCACUUUGGCUUCGAGGAAAAAUGGUUGUGCCAUAGCUUAUUGUACAGCAGAUUUAAUUAAUAUUGUUAUUCUCAUUCCGUGGCAAAAGAUUGCGGAUCGAUUCCCAGGCAAGAGUGUGAAGCAGGUGGCCCAGCGCUGGACCCAGCGUCUGGACCCCAAGAUCAAAUCAGGAGGCUUCACCGAAAGGGACGACAUGAUCAUCACGGCCGCACGCAGCCAAAAAAUGACUUUCAUGCAAAUCCCAAACCUGAUGCCAGGUCGAACCGAGAGCCAGAUCAGAAUUAGAUACACCAGGCUGGAGUGCUUCAAGCCGAGUGUUCCUUGGAUUCCUGAGGAUGACCAAAAACUGCUGGCCUUGGCCAAACAGUUCAAAGGCAGCAGAGACCAAUGGUCUAUCGUCAACGAGUACUUUCCAGACAGGGACAGGCAGCAGCUCAAGGGCAGGCACAAGAGGCUGCUCAAUGAUGCUGCUGGGAUCAAAAACACUCUGUCUCGCAAGGGGAAAAGGUCAAUCUGGGUUCUGAACAAAAGAAGAACCACUCCAAUACGAAAGAAAAUAAGACUUAUUUUCUCUUUCAAGGCUAGAAAGGUUGGUCGGAGGAGAAAGAAGAAGGACGACCGGGACUUGGAGUUGGACCAGGUCUAUCGAAGCCACUACCGGCAGCGAAGGGGAAGAAAGAGGAAGUACUACCCCAACACUGCUAAACCCGCAACUGUGAACGUUGCUUGGAACUUGUGUGAGAUUUUCGGUGUGCACUUUGAUUGGAAUUGCGAGCAGCGGCUGCUCAAGGCCGCAGCCACCAACCCCAAGUUCUACAACAUCCUCAACGUUUACCGCCAGCUGCAGAUGCUGCACUAUGAAGAGGGCUGGGACUGUGAAAAGAAGCACGUCACUCAAUCAAUUCUUCCGAACGUCAGAUCUCUGGUCGGACUGCGCACUUAGCUUCUGGAAGAUAUAGCAACCUUUUGGCCAUGAACCUGGAGGGUCAGAAGGAGUAGCUGACCUUCCUUAAGGGAGUUGUCACCAGGGCUGACAACGCACCUGAUGAGGAUUACAAUGAAGUUGACGAAAAUGACGAAGACGCCCAUCGUCCUGAGCAGAAUGACGAAGGCUCUCUUGAAAUGCCUCGAAUGACUCCUCAAGAGGCCAUGUCCCUUUUCAUGCAGAGGCUGCUGCUCUGGCCAAGCUACAUGUCUCGCAUUGUUCCUUUGCUGGACCACAAAAAGGACUUGUUUGAGGGUUAAAGGAUGGCUUGUGCCAGUUCCAACAAAGACGAGGAUGGAGUGGACAAAUUGUUCUGCGACUUUGACACUGACGAUGAAGACAAAGUGAAGAAACCCUUGGAU